ACUUUCCAUCAUUUUCGCUUAUUUUUAUCACAGAAAUAGAUUUUUCUUGUCUAACCAAGGAGAUUGGGUCAGAUCUUUGGUGGCAAAAAGAUGGAGAAAUCUCGCAAAUCGGCCCUCCAUCCAGAGAAAUUAUGAAGGAAUAAUGGUAAACUGAAAUUCAAGCAAAGGUUGCAUUGUCAUGAUGAGAAGAAAAGAUUAUCAUCGUUGGAGAUUGGCUGAAACUUACUGUUAACUCACUGAUGAUGGCCAGACCAUUAUUGUUUUCAUCUUUACAGAUAAAAGUCACAAAUUAAAACCUCUAAUGAUGAUUGUCUUGAUUUUUUUCCUUGUUUCUCUAUUUUUACCAGAAAUCUAUUCAAUUCGUUGUUAUCAGUGUGAAUACCGAAGAUGUCCAACUUUAUCAAAUUGUCGUGAAGUCCGUGAUAUCUGUACGAUCAAUAAUUUCCAGCGAUGGGAUGUUAGACAGAUUGAAUGUCCAGGUCCAUGUGAGACUCAUCUAGUUACAGAUCCUAAUGGUAAAGUAAUCCGUUGGCACCGAGGCUGCUCAUCUCAGCCAAUGCCAACUCGUGGAUCAUCUGUUAACAUUUGCGAGACAGUUUACCGAAUUGGAAUAAAGGAAGACAUUUGUACGUGUUCUGGUGAUUUGUGUAAUUCAUCCUCAACUCUAAAAUUGCCAUUGACUGUUAUAGCGUUAGUCCAAAUUAUACGAUACUUAUUGACCUAACAUUAAGUCAGCAUCGACCCAAUCUACUAGCAGGAUAGGAUUUUUUAAUAAUAGCUGUCAUUCUGAAUUAUUAUAGAAUGUAUUUUGUAUUUUGUAUCUGAACCCAAAAAUGAAAAAAUAAACAAGUUACAUUGAAUCUCUUCCAGACGAAAUUUUGACCCGAAA